UCAAAAUUAGUGUUUUGCGAACAUCAACAACCGCUAUAAAUACCACUCCACGCUCCCCAACCACUCAAUAUUCCACUAAAAUUCCAACACUAAUAAGAUAUAUACCCUAUGGAUCAAGAGAAGAACAACGAUGGAAGCCUCAAAGUUGAUGACGAUGAGAAAAGAGUCGUCGGAGGGCUUAGAACAAUGCCCUUCAUCUUCGCCAACGAGAUAUCGGAGAAACUUGCGGUGGUCGGAUUCUCGGCAAACAUGGUCACUUACUUAACUGAGCAGCUCCACAUGCCGCUAACAAAGGCUGCAACCACCCUCACAAUUUGUUCACAGGGAAUGAUCCUACUAACAAUAUCAGCAGUCCUCCCCCAAUUCAGACCACCACCUUGUUCCACCAAAAACCCUGUCAAUUGCCAGCAAGCCUCAUGGUGGCAGGCUCGGCAAUCUCUACGUCUUCCACUCCUGCCUCACGCGCACCUCGGCGCAGGCGGCAUCCGCGCGCCUGCGGCUUCUGUGGGGCAGGUGGUGGUUGCCGCUUAUAGGAAGAGGAAGUUGGCUACGGUUGAGGAUGCUAGGUUGUUGUAUGAGAAUGAUGAGAUCGAUGCUCCUAUUUCUCUUGGGGGAAAGCUAAUUCAUACGAAACAAUGGAGGUUCUUAGACAAGGCAGCAAUCAUAACAGAACAAGACCAAGUAUCAAAAGCCUCCUCCUCCUCCUCCCCUCCAAACCCCUGGCGCCUCGCCACCGUCCACCGCAUCGAAGAACUCAAAUCGGUAAUCCGCAUGGGCCCAAUCUGGGCCUCUGGCAUCCUCCUCAUCACUGCCGCGGCCCAACAGCACAUCCAAGCCAAAUCCAUGAACCGCCGUCUCCUCCCCUCCCUCUCCUUCCAAAUCCCCGCGGCCUCCAUGACCGUCUUCACCUUCCUCUCCCUCCUCUCCACCAUCUCCCUCUACGACCGCCUCCUCAUCCCCCUCUUCCGCCGCCUCACCGGCCUCGACCGUGGCAUCCCCUUCCUCCACCGCAUCGCUGUCGGCCUCCUAAUCUCCACUCUCGCCUCCCUCGUCGCCGGCUUCGUGGAACAAAAGCGUAAACUCUACUUUUUUAGCGAGCAGAAACCCCUCACCGUGUUCUGGUUAGUUCCCCAGUACGCACUGCACGGCGUAGCUGAGGCGUUUACUUCGAUCGGACAUUUGGAGUUCUUUUACGAUCAGUCGCCGGAGAGUAUGAGGAGCACGGCGACGGCGCUUUAUUGGCUGGUGAUAUCUGCGGGGAGUUACACGAGUAGUUUGCUGGUGGAUGUGAUUCACAAGUAUUCGAAUUGGUUGCCGGAUGACUUGGAUGAGGGGAAGUUGGAGUACUUCUAUUGGAUUGUUACAGGGUUGCAGGUUUUGAAUAUGGGGUUUUUUGGGGUUUGUUGCAAGUACUAUACAUUUAAGCCUCUACAGGUUAGAAUGGAGAAUGAGGGUGUGGAGCUGAGUAAGGCGUGACUAUAUAUAUAUUGAGAGAGUGCUUAUUGGAUAACAGUUGUAGACUAUUUGUAACAUGUUUUCUCUGAGUAAAUGAAUGUAAGUAAAUUAUGUUGCAUGCAAUGCAGUUGCAGUUGAUAAGUUUUGCAUCA